AUGUGGGAGUGUCUUGAUUAUCCGGUUAGUACUCAUCGUAGAACUGGGCUCCACUCAUCUUUCAAUGGUCGAAAAACUAAACAUGUCAUAAAGGCGAGUUUUAGUGAUCAUGACUACUAUGUAAUAGGAAAUUAUGAUUUGAAAACGGAUAGAUAUAAUGUUGAUGUUGAUUUCAUGGAUAGUAUUAAGCAGCUUAGAUAUGAUUAUGGUAUGUUCUAUGCUUCCAAAACAUUUUAUAUCGAGAAAGGAUGGUCUGGAGUUCAGUCAAUUCCAAGAACCGUAUUGCUCGACAAAAAAGGGAAGCAGUUAGUGCAAUGGCCAAUCAGAGAACUCAAAAAACUAUGGUCAAGAGAAGUCUCUCUACAUAAUAAAGAAAUAAAGGGUGGAACUGUGCUUGAAAUUUCAGGAGUCACAGCUUCACAGUCUGGCCCUGUAGUUUUUGCUUCAUUUUCGUAUAAUUGCUGCAAUUUCAUUCUUAAUUUCUGUUCAGUGAAAGGAGUCCACGUAAUUGCUCCCAAUUUCAGUGAUUUACGUGUUCCCUCGUCUCUUGGACGGAAGAAAGAAGGAAAGUUACUGAGCGACUUCAACAGGUUGUCUUGA